AAAUGCACUAUAACUUUCUUUGUUCCAAGUUGAUGGCUUGUGGCGCUUCCAGGUAUGAUGAUACAAAUCCUGAAGCAGAAAAGAAAGAGUAUAUUGAUCACAUUGAAGAAAUUGUUCAGUGGAUGGGUUGGAAACCAUUCAAGAUUACUUACACAAGUGAUUACUUCCAAGAAUUGUACGAAUUAGCAGUGGAGCUCAUAAAAAAGGGUCAUGCUUAUGUUGAUCAUCAGACACCUGAUGAGAUAAAGGAGCAUAGGGAGAAGAAAUUGAACAGUCCUUGGAGAGACAGGCCAAUUUCAGAGUCAUUGAAGCUCUUUGAGGAUAUGAAAAAUGGCAGUAUAGAAGAAGGAAAAGCCACACUUAGAAUGAAGCAAGACAUGCAGAGUGAUAACUACAAUAUGUAUGACCUUAUUGCAUAUAGAAUUAAGUUUACCCCACACCCUCAUGCUGGAGACAAAUGGUGUAUCUAUCCAAGUUAUGAUUAUGCACUUCUCACAUUAGGUACACUAUAAUAAGUC